AUGAAGGCUUUCACCAAGAGUCAGUGCGGACGGUCGAUAUGGCAUCUAUCGUCGAACUUGGAACACGAGGUCCGGUCUAUAAGUCCGCUUCGCAGUUCUGGCACCCCAUUCCACGGCCCCCUUCUCUCCAAGCCGGGGCCGCACGAGACCAUCCCCAGCAACUAUCGACAUGAUUUCCCUCUAGAAAGCAUAGGAGAAGUAGUGGAACUAGAAGGGGGUUCGGCGUUCACGCCGCAUUCGUCCAAGGCGCCCAAGGAGCAGCAACACACGGCGGAUAUGCCGGGUAUAGAGUUUCAUCUGCCCUCUUCAGUAGUCUGCUUCCCUUGCCUGCUGAGUAACAAUUUGCAAUGCGACGGCCAAAGUCCUGCCUGUCUCCAAUGCUUGCAGUCUGGCCUGACGUGCGAAGAACAAGUCCCGUUUCUGGCGGCGGGCGAGAUGUUCCUCAAAGCUCUUCCUUAG